UUUCAACGUUGAAUUUUCAAAACCCAUUAAUCAUUUUAUAAUCAACUAUUAAUAGUUAGUGAUAAUUUCAGUUAAUUAAUCAUUAAUUUGGUCUUUUUCUUUAAUUUUUCUAUCAUUACUAUAAAAAACAGAAGAACAAAGACAUCAUUAUCUCCACCGAUCAAGCUUCUACUACUACUACUACAACAAGUUCAGCAACAACUAGUGAUAGAUUUUCAAGAAAACCCAGAAAAAAUCACAACUUGAAAUUAUAUAAGUGUUCUUUAAAUUUGAGAAAGUGGUUUUUCUUUAGAAGAAAAGCUAUAAAAAUGGAGCAUACUUCUGUUGCUGAUAUUGUUGAUGAUAAAUCAACUGUUGGUGGUGGUGUUAGAGACGUUUAUGGUGAAGAUUUUGCCACUGAGGAUCAGCUUGUUACACCAUGGACUGUUUCUGUUGCUAGUGGUUAUUCGUUGUUGAGGGAUCCGCACUUCAACAAAGGACUGGCCUUCUCAGAAAGAGAGAGAGAUGCCCACUACUUGCGUGGUCUUUUACCUCCGGCUGAAAUCUCUCAGCAAGUUCAGGUGAAGAAAACGAUGGAUAAUAUUCGCCAGUAUCAGGUUCCAUUGCAGAAGUACAUGGCCAUGAUGGAUCUACAGGAAAGAAACGAAAGGCUAUUUUACAAGCUUCUCAUUGACAAUGUUGAAGAAUUACUCCCAAUUGUGUAUACACCCACUGUUGGGGAGGCUUGUCAGAAAUAUGGAAGCAUCUUCAGACAUCCUCAGGGUCUAUACAUUAGUUUGAAGGAGAAGGGAAGGAUUCUUGAAGUUCUGAGGAAUUGGCCUGAAAGAACAAUUCAAGUUAUAGUUGUGACUGAUGGUGAGCGGAUUUUGGGACUCGGUGACCUCGGUUGUCAGGGGAUGGGAAUUCCUGUGGGAAAAUUGGCUCUUUAUACAGCGCUUGGAGGAGUUCGCCCUUCAUCUUGCUUGCCAAUAACAAUUGAUGUCGGGACUAACAAUGAGAAAAUGCUGAAGAACGAAUACUACAUUGGUCUAAGACAAAAAAGAGCAACUGGACAGGAAUACGAUGAGCUUAUUGACGAGUUCAUGAGUGCAGUGAAGCAGAACUACGGAGAAAAGGUUCUUAUACAGUUUGAAGACUUUGCCAACCACAAUGCCUUCAAGCUGCUCUCAAAAUAUUCGACAAGUCAUCUUGUGUUUAAUGAUGAUAUUCAGGGAACUGCAUCUGUUGUUCUAUCAGGCGUUGUUGCUGCACUGAAAUUAGUCGGUGGCACCUUGGCCGAACACACAUUCUUAUUCCUUGGAGCUGGGGAAGCUGGGACUGGUAUAGCUGAACUUAUUGCUCUUGAGAUGUCCAAACAGACAAAUGCACAAUUGGAAGAAACUCGCAAGAAGAUUUGGCUUGUUGACUCUAAGGGCUUGAUUGUUAGCUCAAGAAAGAAUUCACUUCAAGAAUUCAAGAAGCCUUGGGCUCAUGAACAUGAACCUCUUGGUGAUCUGAUAAGCGCUGUCAAGGCAAUUAAGCCGACUAUAUUGAUUGGAUCAUCCGGUGUGGGAAAAACAUUUACUAAAGAAGUCAUUGAGGCCAUGGCAUCCUUUAAUGAGAAACCGCUGAUUAUGGCUCUCUCUAACCCGACAACACAAGCAGAAUGCACUGCAGAAGAAGCUUAUACUUGGAGUAAGGGCCGUGCAAUCUUUGCUAGUGGCAGUCCCUUUGAUCCUGUAGAUUAUGAGGGGAAAACUUUUGUUCCUGGCCAGGCCAACAAUGCCUACAUUUUCCCUGGAUUUGGCCUGGGUUUGGUCAUCGCUGGUGCAAUCCGAGUCCACGAGGACAUGCUUCUGACAGCUUCGGAAGCCUUGGCUGGGCAAGUGACUCAAGAGAACUAUGAAAAGGGGAUGAUUUAUCCACCAUUCUCGAACAUUAGGAAGAUAUCAGCUCAUAUUGCUGCUAAUGUUGCUGCCAAGGCCUAUGAUCUAGGUUUGGCAAGUCACCUUCCUCGUCCUGAAAACCUUGUGAAGUAUGCAGAGAGUUGUAUGUAUAGCCCUGCUUACCGCAGCUACCGAUAAACAAGCAUAUGACCAAAUAUAGUGUUUGCUUGGAAGAUGUUCCAUGCAACUAUUGCACCACGUGGCAAUACAACUCUUUCGUACUCUUGGAUAAAUUGGGUGGAUCUCAGGAGUUCAUGAAAAAUGAGAAUUACUUUUAAUAUAUCUUGUUUAGUUGAAAAGGGUUUGGUUAUGCUCUCUUGUUUGGUUGAAAAGGGUUUGGCUUAUUCGCUAUACCGUGUCACGUAGGAUUUACAACGGUUGUGGGAUUUUUCUAGUGUUUUCCCAGCAUGUUUGCGAAGUCGGUCUAUUUGGUUCCUUUGAUCUUUUUCAUCCUGUAAUGAAGUGUGAAUUUAAGGGAAUAAUACCUUCAGCAAGGGCGGUGUCUAUACUAUCUGUAAUGUACUAAUGUGCAACUUAAAGUGUAUUGUAUAACAGUUUGUCCAUAAUUGAAUGUUUGGAACACAAGAUCUCAUUAACUACUCA